AUGUCAUCCAUUUCAACUGUACUGGCCAUAGUCCUGGGACUGCAGGUUCGAUUAAGUAUCGCUCAACCACCAGCAAUUACAAUGCCUGCAGCUUGGCCACCAGCAGAUGAAACAGUCAUGAUUGCAGAUCAAUAUCUUCAGGACCCGCUGGUGACGAACGCACUUGCCUACGUUCAGUCUGUCGUUGAUCCCAGCAUAUUGGGAAUAUUACCAUCAACAUACAACAAUUUAGCCAAUGUGACAUACCAUGCAGACGCGACCGAAACCUGCUACUGGCCAAGGGGAGGAUGUACAAGGGCUUCUGAUAUCGAAUACUGUCCCUCAAAUUACCAAUGGGGCUUAACAUACGAUGAUGCUCCUUCUAUCAACCUGGUCAACGGAACAAACUACAAUGAUACUAUUGCUUUGGUCAACCUCCUUGGAGAGCUGGAUAUUAAGGCUACAUUUUUCGUUGUUGGCACACAAGCCUGGUACUUCCCAACAGGCGUCCAAGCCAUACUAAAUGAAGACCAUCACCUCGCUUCUCAUACAUGGUCACAUCACCCAAUGACAAGUUUAACGAAUGGCCAAGCAAUUGCCGAAUUGAUGUACACACAGGCCCUAUUGUAUAACACCACCGGAUUACUUAUGCGAUACUGGAGGGCUCCAUAUGGUGACAUUGAUGACAGGAUACGAGCUAUCGCAUCUGCUUUGGGAUUUGUGCAUGUAGCUUGGAAUGCUACUUUCGAUUCGUUUGAUUCUGAUGUGGCUGCCAAUGCAGCAGGAUACACAACAGUCAUGUCUAGAGUGACAUCUUGGCUCAAUCAACGAGCACCAUUAAUAUCAUUGCAACACACCUUGAACCAAUUUGAAUCUGGGACAUCCGCUUCUGUUUUGAGACAAAUUCAGAAUGAAGGAGGAAUACAAAACUCAAUCAUGACCAUUCCGCAAUGUCUCGGUGACCAAAUGUGGUAUAAAAACAAGAACAUCACCAAGAUUUUCAAUUCUUGCACAAUUCCUGGUGGAGGAUGUCCCGACACAUUUGCCAACACCAAGACUAUCACCAAUAGUACUAUUGCUUCAAAUACCUCAUCGCCUACCGGUGUAGCACCCGGUAACAUCAUCAGCACCACAAGCACCAGCAGCACCACAACAAGCGACGCAUCACCAUGGAACGGUUUCUCAUUAGUCAGCAUACCGACAAUACUCAUUCUGUCGAUUUUGAACUUAUAA